AGUAGAAGAAGAAGAAGCUCCGCCCAUUCAAGAUGGCGAGCUAGAGGAGGGUGCAUGCUUGAUUGUUGACAUUUAUUCAUAAAUUAAGAUUAUGCGAAUCUAGUUGAUUUAAAACCACAACAAAAAUGUCUCGUCUCAUCGUGAAGAACCUCCCUAACGGGAUGAAGGAGGAAAGGUUCAGGUCCAUGUUCGCCGCCUUUGGCACCGUGACAGACUGCUCUUUAAAGUUUACCAAGGACGGAAAGUUUCGCAAGUUCGGGUUUGUGGGCUUUAAAGACGAAGAAGAUGCGAACAAAGCUCUGACACAUUUCAACAAGAGCUUCGUGGACACAUCCAGAGUAACAGUGGAGAUGUGCAAGGCAUUUGGAGAUCCAACAAAAGCUAAAGCCUGGAGCAGACAUACCCAGAUCUCAGGCCCUGACAAACCCUCUACUCCUGCUGACACUGACAGUAAAAAGCAAAAGAAACAGAAAAAGGAAACCACCAGCACUCUUGGAAAUCUGGAAGAGGAUCAGGGCUUCAAAGAGUUUCUGUCGGUACAUCAAAAUCGUAGCCAAGUACCAACCUGGGCGAACGACAGCGUGCAGCAAACGGCUGAUCCCGACAGUGGACGGACAAAGACUCAGGGCAAGAAGAAGCCUGCUUCAGAUGAUUACCUCAACUUUGAUUCAGACCAGUCAGAGGAAGAGGAAGAGGAAGAGGAGGGGGAGGAAUCUGAGGAAGAUGAAGGUGCCUCAAAAGAAGCACUGAAGUCUGGGUUAUCAGAUAUGGACUACUUGCGCUCAAAGGUGGCACAAACAGAUGACACCAAGGAGGAAAUUGAGGAGGAUGAGGUUGAAGAUGAUGAUGAUGGUGAAGACGACGAUGAUGGUGAAGACGACGAUGAUGGUGAAGAUGAAGAUUGUGGUCCUGUACAGCACGCGGACAGCGCUUAUGAGAGUGGGGAAAGAGAAAACGUCUCAAAGGACAAAACUACAGUUUCCUCUGAGGAUAAGCAGAGCAAAGGAAAGAAAGCUGCCAAACAAGAGAUGGAGCCGGUAACAGAGUUCACAGUGAAGCUCAGAGGAGCUCCAUUCAACGUCAAAGAGCAACAAAUCCGAGAGUUCAUGACCCCACUGAAGCCUGCAGCCAUCAGGAUCGGGAAGAAUGAAAGUGGCAAUAGAACAGGUUAUGUCUAUGUGGACUUGCACUCUGAGGAACAGAUUGAAAAAGCCUUGAAAAAGAACAAAGACUACAUAGGUGGGCGUUACAUUGAAGUGUUUCGUGUAGAUCCCUCAGCGGGUAAGGCUAAAAGAGACAAGAAGAGCCAAGAAAUUGAUAGAAACUUCACCAGGAAGCUCAAAGAGGACGAGGAGGAGGAGGACAUUGCAGAGUCAGGUCGACUCUUUAUCAGAAACCUUCCUUACACUUGCAGUGAGGAGGAGAUAAAAGAGCUAUUCUCUAAACAUGGUCCUUUAUCAGAGGUGCUCUUCCCGAUUGACAAUCUGACAAAGAAACCUAAAGGAUUUGCUUUUGUAACGUACAUGAUACCAGAAAAUGCUGUGACAGCUCUGGCUCAGCUGGAUGGACACAUAUUUCAGGGAAGGAUGCUUCACCUGCUUCCUUCUACAGUGAAAAAAGAAAAGACUGAUUCUUCAGAUGCUGGUGGCCCCGGCUCUUCUACUUACAAACGUCAAAAAGAUGCUAAAAACAAAGCUUCAAGUUCCAGCUCCCACAACUGGAACACCCUUUUUCUGGGCACAAGCGCAGUGGCAGAUGCCAUAGCUGAAAAAUACAACACCACAAAAAGCCAAGUCCUGGACCAUGAGUCAAAAGGCAGUGUUGCAGUUCGUAUGGCUCUUGGGGAGACGCAGAUUGUUCAGGAGACUCGACAGUUUCUACUCGACAAUGGUGUCAGUCUGGAUUCCUUUAGUCAGGCGGCAGCAGCGAGGAGUACAUCUGUGAUCCUGGUGAAGAACCUUCCAACUGGAGUGACGACAUCAGAGUUGGAGGAACUUUUCUCCCCUCAUGGCUCUUUGGGUCGUGUGCUGCUGCCGCCCUCAGGACUCACCGCCAUCAUCGAGUUCCUGGAGCCGACUGAGGCAAAGCGAGCCUUCACUCGUCUCGCUUACAGCAAGUUCCAACACGUCCCGCUGUAUUUGGAGUGGGCACCUGUGGGAGUGUUUGUAGCUGGCAAACCAGAACCAGUGUUAGAAAAAAAGGAGGCAGUGAAAGAAGAGAAAAAAGAGGAAGUGGGUGAAGAAGAUGAAGAAGAGGAGGAAGAGGAGUCCGCUCCUGGCUCCACACUUUUUGUCAAGAAUCUUAAUUUCAGCACCACAGAGGAGAAACUACAAGAGACAUUUUCUAAAUGUGGAAAAGUCAAGUCCUGCUCCAUCUCCAAGAAGAAAGAUAAAACAGGAAAUAUGUUGUCCAUGGGCUAUGGUUUUGUCCAGUAUCAGACAGCAGAGGCAGCACAGAAAGCUCUGAGACAGCUCCAGCACUGUAAGGUGGACGAUCACCAGCUAGAGCUGAAGGUUUCUGAGAGAGCCACAAGGACUUCUGAGGUAUCACAGAAGAAGAAGAAGCAAUCUGAGAAGAAACAAACGGGCACUAAGAUCCUUGUGCGUAACGUGCCCUUCCAGGCCACUGUCAGGGAAAUUCGGGAACUCUUCUGUACAUUUGGAGAGCUAAAGACAGUCCGUCUUCCAAAGAAAGCAGCUGGCUCAGGGAAUCAUAGAGGCUUUGGCUUUAUUGACUUUCUCACCAAACAAGAUGCUAAGAAAGCAUUUGCUGCACUGUGCCACAGCACCCAUCUGUACGGGAGACGCCUUGUGCUGGAGUGGGCUGAUGCUGAGGAAACAGUGGAGACAUUGAGACGGAAAACAGCCGAACAUUUCCAUGUGGUCAACAAAAAGCAGAGAAAAGGAGAGGUUCUGGAGGGAAUUCUGGAGAAGAUGGAAACUGAUGGAGUUGCAGAAGACUGAGUUUCCUUUGAGGCUGUUGUCACUUCCAAAAACUUGAUUGGACUCUGAAUAGUGCUCCUGUGUUUUUCUGUCAAAAUAGGACUUUGUACAAAAUAAGGACCUGAGUGGCGUGUGCUCAAAGAGCCAUCAUCAUCAAAUGUAUCAGCUGGACACUGGACACCGUUAUUUCAAACAUUUGAAAACCAGGAUCUCUUGCUGUACAUGUUUUUCUCAUUACAUGCUUACAUUUUGUACUGACUGAUGCAUCAAAGACAGAUAAAGUGACUGUCAGUUUUUAUAUAAAAUUGUUUUUCAUGUUUUAAGA